AUGCUGGCCUACACUACGUUUUUGCUCGGUCUCGUAGCCUUGAGCGACGCCGCGCCUCGAUUCUCAAUAGGAGAUUGCUCUACCAUUCUUUUUCCUGGUGGAGGGAAUCCUUCACCGAACCCGGUUGGCCCUAUCCAACUCCCUCCUGUUAACGGCCCUGGAGUGAAGGCUGGGAAGCGCGAUAUUGAUGAGAUAUCCUUUGAGCAACAGCCAUCUACAGUUGUUCUGGCUGAGCGCACGGAAGAUCUCAAUGCCCUCAAAGAAACAUACCUCACACUCCUCGAAUCCUUCACCCGGGUGCCCAAACCCGCGUUCGGAACUUACAUGGUCCUCCUACACCUGGCCGACAUUCUCGCGAGCAAGGGAGUCAAAGUAGCCACCAUCAUCCCAGGCGACGCAACCACCAUAUUCAACCCAUCCACGACCGAGAAGCGCCAAAUUUUUGAGGUUGGCUCCUGCAACGCGUCCGAUGUAAUUGGCCUCCGCGCGACUCUCACCAGCGUCCUCCUCAUCUCCGGCAACACCCCGUCCUUUGAAAUCUGGAACCUCGAGCCGGCCAUCAUCGCCGCGCUCAAAGCCUGCAACGAGGAUGACAUCGUCGGUCCCAUCAUUCCAGACAAACCCACCCCCGGCGGGCCCCUCGUGCCGGACAAGCCGGUCCCGGGUGGACCCAUUGUCACCCAGUCCCCGGUUCCUGGGGGUCCGACCAAGCCAAGUGGCUUGGCAACAGCCUCAUCAAGGGCAUGA